UGCCGACUGCCACAACGGGCUGGAUGAUGUCAGUAACGUGUGAAACGCUGCCUGUUAGAUGUGUGUAUGAAGAUCCAGACGAAAAGGUGUAAAGAGACACAGCUGCCCUUGCUGACAGUGUUGACUCAAGAAACUACCUCCGGCUUUAUUUUCCUCUGCACCUCCCAACACAGACAAACUGCAGGACAAGUUGGGCAGGCACUGAUUCCCAUCUGUGAAGUGCAUUCAGCAGCAGAAAAGGAAUCCUUUGACAAAGCAGCACAGGAGGUAAAGGAACUGAAACAAAGACCAGACCAACAAGAAAUGUCUGCACUAUAUGGUUUAUAUAAGCAAGCCACGGUUGGUGAUAUUAACAUAGGGCGUCCAGGCUUGCUUGACUUCACGGGAAAAGGAAAAUGGGAUGCAUGGGAAGCAAAGAAAGGGCUUUCCAAAGAUGAAGCAAUGGCCGCCUAUGUUGAGUUGGUGGAGAAGCUGAAGGCAAAAUAUGGAAUCUAGAGGCAGUUUCGCUGUCGUAUCUUCACUGUAAUAUCUCCCUUAUUUUUACCAGUAGAAACUGCAAGUUGAAGGGCCACCCUUUAGAUUUUACACGCUGCUACACUCCCACACAAGACAAAAUUGGUUAAAAUGCUGGACAACAAUGCAAUUUGGAGUACUUUCUGCUACGCUACAUUGUUUUUUCUUUAUAGGAACAGGUCAGCGUUUUGGGAAAUAUACUUAUUUGGCUCCUUACCAAGAGCAUAUUUGUAUGUCUGUAUGCUAAUUAGGAGGCGGGAGCCAGCAGGCCACGAGCUCAACUAGGCAUGUGAAGUGGAAGCAGCGGAGAAAGCUACCUGGUCAAAAGGUCAAACAAUCCAAACGAUCUACAGACACUUUCACGCAGCAGGAUAGUUGUCCUCCACCGCCUCCGCUCUUUACGCCACCUCUUGGCAACAAAGUGAAUAAGUCUGUUUCUUGAAAUGUCAAACAAUUCCUUGAAGUGCAAAUACAGUAAACAUUUUCAUAUAAAAACAGUUUC